AUGGAGAUGGUACUAACACUGGUGCUUGUGACAGCUUUAUGGACAGGGUCUAUGGCUCAACAAAGUUGCACUAGUGUGAUCAUAAGCUUAUCCCCAUGCUUAGACUAUAUAACAGGAAACUCUUCAACCCCUUCUUCUGCAUGCUGCACUCAGCUUGCUAACGCUGUCAGGUCACAGCCAGAGUGUCUUUGUGAGAUCAUUAAUGGUACCAUCUCAUCACUUGGAAUUAGCAUAAACCAGACUCAGGCCAUGGCACUCCCCAAUGCUUGCAAUGUCCAGACUCCGCCUGUUAGCCGCUGCAAUGCUUCUUCCCCCGUGGGGUCUCCAGCUGGAACGCCAGGUUCUCCAUCCACUCCUUCUGGCAGUGGAUCUAAAACUAUACCAUCACCAGGAGGAGUUUCAUCAGAUGGAUAUUCCACCAAGUUGCCAUUUGCUCUGCUGCUUUCUCUGCUAUCCAUCACAUCAUAUGCUUCCACUUUCAUCGCCAUCUGA